CUAACCUUUCCUUCAUGCGUAAGAUUGUCAACUUACCUAAAUAAUGCGCGAAUAAAUCUCUCACUCUACCCUGUUAGCCCACGAGAAGAUAUUCAAUGUCUUGAGUUGCGCACGAAUUUGAACCACAUAUUGCUAUAGAAUCUAAUGCUCGGGAUGGAUUCCACACUAAUGUACGGUCUAAAUUCGUUCUCAACCUUAUCCCAGGGCGUUGAAUAAUUUCUCGUUAGCUAACACUUCCGUGUAAAACACCUCUCCCGUCUACUCUCUCUCUCUAUACGUAUAUCCAUCCACGUUACAUUAUACUUAUACACAAUAUACCUAUCUCUAGUCUCGGCAGUGUGGAGGGUUUUGAUCAUGGCGGCCACGGAUAUGGAAAUCGGCGAAUUCGCUUCAGAGGGCUCUCAGAAAAUGCUUAAUCACAACGAGGUUGCGAUGUCCAAGGGUUUUGGGAAGUCUGUUAUUGUAGUCGGAUCAAAAUCCGAGUCUCUUAAUUCAGACCAUCUCAAUGGUCCAAAUUCAGAUCUGUCCUGUCAUAGUGAUGAUGAUGCCAAUAAGGCAGUUGAUUACGAUGAGGAUGGUGGUGAUUAUGACAGUGAUGACUAUAUGUAUGACGACGAUGAUGACGAUGAAAAUGAUUAUCUGAGUAUGCAAGCCCAAUUUGAUGAUGUGGAUUUACCUCCUGGGGUAGAGGCAUCAUUUUCUUGGUUGAAAGAUCCUGCUCCCGGUGUAAAUACCCAAGCGGGGCCGUCUUCGUUAAAUAUAUAUGAUCCGACCAAUGGUGAAAAUCAUGCUGCUGCUACUAGCAGUUCAACAGUCCUUACUGGGGCGGGUGCUACUGUAAAGGAGCAGGAAGAGAAAGAACAAGAAGGAAAGGAAGAUCAAGUGCUCAGAAAUUUUCAAAAUUUUAAAAGGUUUGAUACAGUUGAUGAUUUUGGGGACCAUCACUUUAAUAGUGGCUUUUCAGGGCAGCAGGCAAGUGUAGUUAAAAUAACUGUUUGCGCAUUUUCGUUAUUUGUGACGUUGUGUUCAUGGAUGCCAACCAAUACUUGGGCAAAGAAAAUUCAGGAAGAGUGGAAAAUUCUGGAGAAUAAUUUACCUGACACAAUAUAUGUAAGAGUUUAUGAAACGAGGAUGGAUCUUUUGAGGGCUAUCAUUGUUGGGCCAGCAGGCACUCCUUACCAUGACGGUCUCUUCGUCUUUGAUAUUCUCUUCCCUCCUGCCUAUCCUGAUGUACCCCCGAUGGUUUACUACUAUUCUGGCGGUCUUCGAAUAAACCCAAACUUGUAUGAUUGCGGUAAGGUCUGCCUCAGCCUUCUGAACACAUGGACUGGCAAAGGGAAUGAGAAGUGGAUUCCAAAGCAAUCAACAAUGCUGCAAGUCCUUGUUUCUAUACAAGCUUUGAUAUUGAAUGCGCAUCCGUAUUUCAAUGAGCCUGGGUAUGCCAAGUCGAAAGAUUCAGCGACAGGGAGAACGAAGUCCAAGGAGUACAAUGAGAAUGUGUUUAUUCUGUCUUUGAAGACAAUGAUUUAUACACUUAGGAAGCCCCCAAAGUAUUUUGAGGACUUUGUCGCUGGUCAUUUUCAUCUUCGAGCACACGACAUUUUGUCAGCAUGUAAGGCUUAUAUGGAAGGUGCUGAAAUCGGGUCUGUAGACAAGGGAAAAGUCCUCAGUGAGGCGGGAACGAGCCACCGUAACGAAUUCAAAGAAGCAGUAGCUAAAAUGAUGAAUGGUCUAGUUAACCACUUUGUGAGAAACGGGUCUAAGGAUUGCGAGCAGUUCCGACUUCCAUGUUGAUGAUAGCUGCUGGUGGGUGACAGUUUAGGCCCAGUGCCUUUCUUUUCGUUUUUUUACCACACUGCACAGAAUUUUUUUUUUUAGCUUUAGAGGAUUAUCCUUUGCAUUGGUAAAUUUCUUCGCGAAUUCAUGAUCUAAACAUAGCCUUGUGAAUCAACACAGAUUCUAGUGGUGUAGCUCAUCUCAUCGUAUAUGUUAAAUACAUCUGGCUUUAGUGUUAUGAGUUCUAGCACUA